AUGGAACAUGCCUCCUGCUGCCUGACCACCUGCACCUCCUUCCUUCUCUUCCUCUCCCUGGCAACAGAAGCAGCCAAGGCUGCCCCCCAGGGACAGCCAGGGGUCUGGUUAGAGAGGAAGGAGUUGCUGUUGGAGGCACUUGCAGCUUUCUCUGAGUAUGGACUGAGCAUGCACCCUAGCGAGAAAAAGACCUCAGCCAGCGAGUCACAGAUUCCACCCAGAAAGCAGCCUGCAGCAAGUACAGAUCUUUGUGUGGAAAGGAUGAGCAUGACGGGGACUUUAGGACUCCUCCACCUGAAGGAAAAUUUGCCAUCGCUGUUGCCAAAAAGAGCAGUUUAUGGAUUUGUUCUAGCCCCCAAUUUGGCUUCAUACUAUAUCUUGUGGGCUUUCAUUCUUGAGUCUUGGCUAAACUCCUUAGGUUUAACUUAUGGGCCUCAAAAAUACUGGACUGUGGCAUUGUCUGUCUACCUCCUCAUUACUAAAGUAGUUGGUUAUCUAUUCUUACUGGGAGUAAACAUGAUGAGUACCUCUCUGCUCAGUUCCAUUCGUACAGUCACAAGUAACUGUGCUAAAAAUCAACAGCAGAAGAAACACCAAGAAGAAACCAUUCCAGCAUUAAGAGAUAUUCCUAUUACUGAAGUGAACCAAAUGUUCUUUCUUGUAGUCAAAGAACUGUACACCAAAUACUGA